AUGGGGGGGCCCCCCAGAGGAGGCCCCUGGAGAGCUCCCCCCUCGGGGCUUGCUGAAGGGGAUCCUGAAGCGCUGGUGCUGCUGCAGCAGCAGCAGCAACUGCUGCGGAGGCAGCAGCAAGCUCUGCAGAGGCUCCUACGACAGCAGCAGCAGCAGCAACAGCAACAGCAGCAACAAGAACAAACGAAGCAACAGCAGAAUGAAGAAACCUGCAGCGAGCAAGAAAAGAUGAAGCGCUUCUCACCCAGACAGCAGCAGCCUACGUCUGGCAGCAACAGCAACAACAGCAGCAGCAGCGGCAGCACCAGCAGCAGCAGCAGCAGCAGCAGCUGCAGCUGGCCACGCACGCUCCAGCGCAUUGGCUGUGAGGGCCCCCCAAAGGAUAUCUCAGUGGGGGAGAUGCGGGGCCCUCUGGUCUCUAGCUCCUCUCAGCAGCAGCAGCAACAACAACAGCAGCAGCAGCUGCUGCUGCUGCUGCGGCAGCAACCGCUGCCUAGGCAGCCCGAGAUACAGCACCGCACGCAGCAACAGUCGCAGCAACAGCAGCAGCAGCAGAGACAGCAGAAACAGCAGCAACAGAAGCCUCUGCAGCUCUCUCUACAAAUGCAGCAACAGCAACAACGAGAGCAGCAGCUGGUGCCGCGGCAGCAGCACCAGCUGCAGCAGCAGCAUCUACAGCAGCAGUAUCUGCACCAGCAGCUACAGGAGCACCAGCACCAGCAACAACAGCUACCGCAGAAGCAGCAACAACAGCUACAGCAGCAGCAGGUACAGAAGCACCAGCAACUGUCACAGAAGCAGCAGCAACAGCAGCAGCAGCCACAGCAGCAGCAGCUACAGGAGCACCAGCACCAGCAGCAGCAGCAGCAGCAGGGGGUCGUUGUUGCGCAGCGUCACUCUAGAGAGGAGCUCUUGGAGCUGCUGCGCCCUGCAGCAGCAGCAGAAGAAGCCCGUCAGCAGCUGCAGGCUUCUGUUGGUGUUCCGGUGUAUGUACUGGGGAUGUAUUGUCUUCGCCUUGUGGGGGGCUCUGCUCCCUGCCGCGCAGCAGCAGCUGCUGCUGCUUCCCAGCAGCAGCAGCAGCAGCAGCAGAAGCAGCAGCAGAAAAAAGGCAGAACUGCUCCCUGGAGUGGUGGCGGCAGCAGCAGCGAAAACAGCUGCUGCAAUAAUUGGACGGGCAGCUGGAGCAACACAAGCAGCCCCACCUUCAGCAGCAGCAGCAGCAGCAGCAGCAGCAGCAGCAGCCGCCCCUGCUGCUGCUGCUGUUGCUUGUGUGAGUGGUGCGCGCUGCGGUGGUGUGGGGCGCGAGACGGGAGUUUGGAUUUGCUGCGGGGGUGUCUCUUCAUUGAGGACGUGGGGGGGUUGCUGCAGCAGCAGCAGCGGCAGCGGCAACGGCAGCAGCAGCAGCAGCAGCAGCAGCAAGCCCCCUUCUGCUUCAGGCCCGGUCUGCCUACGGGACCCUCUAUAAGCGGGGGCCCCCAAAGGGGCCCCUCUAUAAGGGGGGGCCCCCCAAAGGGGCCCCUCUAUAAGGGGGGGCCCCCAAAGGGGCCUCUCUAUAAGGGGGGGCCCCCAAAGGGGCCUCUCUAUAAGGGGGGGCCCCCAAACCCUAAGUCUGUUGCGAAGAACGCGUUAAUAGCGGGGCUUUCGAGGCAAAGGGGGCCCCCCGGCAGCAGCAGCAUAGAGGGGCCCCUAAAUGAGGCAGUACCCCUUUUGGGGGCCCCCCCCUUUCAGCGGCUGCUGCGGCUACUGGGCCCUUCUCUCUUCUCUCGUCUGCUUUGCUGUCUCCUCUUUGUAACAGAUGCACAGCUCGUGCGCCUCGCUAUCCAGCAGCAGCAGAUGACCAGCAGCAGCAGCAACUGCAGCAACAACUGCAGCAGCAACUGUAGUAGCAGCAACUGUAGUAGCAGCAACUGUUGCAGCAGCUACUGUUGCAACGGCAGCAGCAACUGCAGCAGCAACUGCUGCUGCAACUGCAACAGCAACUGUAGCAGCAGCAGCAACAGCUGCAGCAGCAACUGCAGCAGUAGCAACUGCAGUAGCAGCAACUGCAUGCAGGAGAGGGCAGCUGAAAGGGGGACAGCACGUCAGGUGUAUGUGCAGCUCUGCGGGAGGCCCCUAACAAACGGAGUUAUUGAGGCCCUCAGCAGGGAGCAUCGAGCACUUGAAGAAGCCAAACAACGCAUGCUGCUGCAGCGCAUGCAGCAGCAGCAGCAACAGCAGCAGCAGCAAGAGAAGCAGCAGCAGCAAGAGAAGCAGCAGCAGCAGCAGCAGCAGCAGCCGAAGCAGCUGCUGAGCAGAGAUCAGCAGCCGCAGCAGCAACACGAGCAACGGCAACAGGACAAGAACUUGCAGCAGCCGCUCCAGCACGACCAGCAGCAGGAACAACAACAGCAGCAACAGCAACAGCAGCAGCAGCAGCAGCAAAAGGAGCAGAUUAGCAGCAGCAAUUGUUGGAGUCCUACACUGGAGAUGUGCUGCAGCAAAAGAGACAAGAGCCGCUGCA